AUGUACAUACGUACGUACGUACGUACGUACAAACGCAAACAGUGUGUCAUUUCCAUUAACCUCCGGCAUGAGGGCCGGGCAUUGGAUUAGCAGCCUGCCGAUUGAUCAUUUUCCGGAAGAUUGCAGUUUGACGUAUAUUUUCUCAAAAUUCGACCGUCUCUUUAGGCAACGGGCGCUUUCUCGAGUAAAACUGUGGUAUUACGUUCUACCAGUCUUUACUCUGUGGUAUUACGGUUGGUUCAUACGUCGUUCGGUCUCCAUCAAAACAACGCACGAAGAGGACGUCAGUCAAAUUGUUCAAAUUAUUUUUCCGUGUCGGUAAACGUAACCUAACCUUCAGUUUUACAACAAACAUCAAUCAACUGUUGACAGUGCCUUUGGAAAUAUUUUUUUUAUAACAAAAUAUAUUUACGCAUUUAAACACCUAAGGCCUUUUGUCUUUUACUAAGGCACGUUAUGCGACGUAACCAAAUGUAACAUAGCACAGCAGUAUUACCUAACCUAAGACCUCUCCUCUCAGCCAGAAUCUGGAGUCACACUCCUAUCGAGCUUCCAAAUUUCAAAUGUAGGUAAUAAAUGAGGGAUGAUAAUUUUCGUUUAUUUGUCGACAGCGUUCUACUGGAGCUUGGAAUCAUGUAAAGUUCUGUUGAAAUGAGUGGGACACAUGCUCAGGAAUGUUCCUAUCUGAAAGUGGACCACGAUUUCGAGUAUCAGACCAACGAAGGGCGUCGUAUAGUCAUCAAAAAGGAUGAGAAGCUUUAUCUCAUACAAAAGACUAAUAAUGAUUGGUGGAAGGUUAUCCGCAAUUGGGAACAACGAUCGUUUUAUGUUCCAGUAACAUAUGUCCGAGAGUUGGGUAGAACAGCUCUACCCGAGGCUAAUUACAAGGUUGAUAAGACGGUUCGACAGCUACAUGAUAGACAUGUUGUUGGACAAAUAUCAGAAGAUUAUUCAACCAAAAGAAAGGACGUUGAAGAAUGGCUAUUCAACAAUGUUGGUAUGUCCAUAGGAGUGGCUAUGGGUCAUGAUAAUCAAGAAGACCACAACAUAGUGAGGGAUGUCGAAGAUGCUAAAUUAAUAGAGAUCAGGAGUAGAAUCGAACUACAAAAGCAAAUUCUUCAAAAGAUCCACACAGGUGAUGGUGAAAGCUGUGCAAAAAUUGGAGAAACAGGUUUUGAGCAAUUUACAAAUCCGGUAAGAGAACUUCGAAACACUAAAAUCGCUUCUAUAGAUGCAGCCAUACUUCCUUUGACUCUCAAAAGUUCUUACACAAAUGACGGGCAAUUGACAGCUGCAAUAGUCAAUAGUAAAUUGUCACCAAUCUCAAGUUGCGCUGGUGAUUCAUUGAGAAAAAUAAACGAAAUUGACAGCUCCUCCCAACUUCAAAUUGACCAUGUCCUUAAAGAUGAUAAAAAUCAACUGAUGAAACACCUCAAAGCUACAGAAUUAUCACAAUCUAGUAACUGUCAAAGAUGCACUAAAUUAAAUCCAUUGUUGAGUACAACCGAUCAACGAUCUGGUACAGCUGAAAAUACACAUAUUAGGGAUGAAAACCUCAGAGAUCCGUUUGAUGAGGAAUCUGUUCGAGAAGGGCGCGAUCUAAACCGUCACACCAACAGUGGCCCCCAACGCCACUUAGCAGAGUCCUGUGUUAAGAAAAACCUAACCUUGCCAAUCUGCGAUGGUAAUGAAACAUCCAUAUCAUUGGUAUCAGCCUCUCAAGAGAGUGAUGGCUCUGAAUAUCCUGAGAAUACAAUGAAGUUUUUAAAUGAUAAGCGAAAAUCUUGGGCCGUUCAAGAACUUAUGAGUGAGUUGACCCAAAUACGCAAGGAACGAGUUGAUGACAACACCUCUAAUCUCGUAUUGAAGAGUGUCGAAAUACAGGGCAGAUUCGAUCCUCUUGAGAAACUGACCCAAGAGCUGCAUGAUCUCCAUUUGUCGCAGCCAGGAAUAGCCUCUACUUUUGGCUCUGAGGCAUCAAAACUGGAAAAAAGCAGAGAUAGAAAGUGCAUGACAGUUCACCGGACGUCUGCUUCUUCUGAUUUUGGAGAGACUGUUGAAAGUUCUUUCAACAGCUUAAGCAAAAGUUGCCAGAUACCGCAACAAGUCCGGCAGAGAAAUGAAUACGCAACUGAUAAAUCAGCUUCAAAAACAACUGGAAUUCCACUGAUCAAUAGUGACUGGCCUUCUUUGAAUCAAGCAAAUCCUAAAUUUGAGAAAUAUAUCAAAAGGCAGGAUGAAUACAAAGAAGCAAAUAUACUGAAUGACGAGUUAAGACUACCAUCUGAGACCAAGACUAAACAGGGUGAUAGAAAAGUAUCUUUAUCUGCUGAUAAGGAGCAUAACAUAUCAUCUUAUCAGGAGAAUUCACAGCUGUUUAUAUCGGAUAACACUACUUUCGACAACUUCGAGAAGCCAAGUUAUUCAAAUAUUCCGAUCGAGUCGCAGAAUUCAGUCAAAAUACGUCCACAAUUGAAGUUAAAGUUACAGAGCACGGAUAAUAAAAUAAGACUGACACCUUCUUUGGAGAAAUUGGCCAACGAGAUACAAUUUUUACCAGCCAUCAGAACUUUCGUUGUAGACGAUGAUAAACAACAAUUUACACUGACGAAAAAUAACUCACUCCAACGUGACGAUAGUAGCAAAGAACUGCAUGAGCUGGAAAUACUCUCAUCGCCUUUGAUACAAACUCCUGGCAAAAACUGCAAACAUCUGAUGAAUGCAUCCCAAGAUAAAGAGAUGUGGAAGAAUUUCAAGUUAAAAUUAAAUUACAAUAGCAGUUCUAAGCCCAAUCAUCGCCAAAAUAAAGAGGUUUCUACCAAAGAUGUCGGCUAUGAAGAGCAUCAUUUGGAAGAUGGCAGGAGACCGAGUAAAUCAAAGCUACAAAAAUCUGCAACCUUCAAUUGUGCUGUUGUUCCAGAAUACUACAAACACUUUCAAAGACCCAAAAGUCCAUAUAGCACACUUAGGGUAAAAACAAACAGAAAAAGCUGUAGCCUAGAAGAUGUAAGGCUUCUGGUAAACACAAAACUGAAGGGCACAUUGGGCGUACAGGGUUGUGGUGGAUCGAGCACUAUUCCAAAAGAUUUCAAGACAAAUUCAAACAUUGGCAAAUCUGUGGUGAAGCCAAUUCCAAGUCCUCCGCAGUCCAUGUUCGACGAUGAAUUAACUCCUAUUUGUAAAUUUUCCCAAAACUUUCCCCAGGCUUUACCUGUAUCAAUUUCUAAAAGUUAUGAGAACCUAAACAAAGACUUGACCAAUACUAAUGUCUUUGACGCCAACAAAAGCACAGCGAUAAGCUUCAAAAAUCUUUUAUGCACCUCUGACAGUGGAUCCGAUGAAUAUUUACACUACAAAGCAUUCCCUAAAAGUUUUGUAAGUCAUAACGAGAACUUGAGCUUUAGCCCAGAGAAGAUAAUCAAUGCUAAAGUAGUUGCUAGCUUGGAAAGCUUGCCAGUCAUUAACAAAAGCAUAACUGACGAACAAAUAUUGAGCUCCAAUGUUAGCUCUGGAGCAAUGUUCAUUCAAAGUGAAUCUGAGGCUUACGCUUUGUCUGAAUUUUCUGACAAUUCAAGUUCUGUAACUGUGGAUCUUGAUCGGGAUAAUUUCGUGAAUCUUCCCCCAGGAUGGAGUCAAGAUUAUGAUGUGAAUUCGAAACAAAUCUGUUUUGUUAACGCUCGUGGAGAAAGGUGGUUCUCAUCAAAUGAUGCGGAAGGAAAAAUCUAUUUCUUUGCGGAAAAUAGUAACGAAUCAUCUUGGGUACUUCCCAUCAUUACCAUUGACGAGCCAACUUCGGCAAAUAUGCAGGAGAAUCAUCAGAAUAUUGAAUACAGAAUCAGUUCUGCCAGUGAAAAGCUCCGCUUUGGAAAAGCUCGCAGUUUGGUUGUUGGACAUCAGAGAGUCUCCAUAAAGGACCCUACCGCCAGACGUUCGGGAUCUAUUUCUCACGACUGGCCUCAGUUAUUCGAUGGCAACAUGUGCAUUCUGAAGGAAGGGACUUUGCAGAGGACAAAGAUAACCGAGAAUGGAAAAAGGCUGAGAAAAAAUUGGAGUACAUCAUAUGUUGUACUCUCCGAACUGUUUUUGUUAUUCUUCAAGGACUCCAAAGCCUUCUCAGCAAUGAAAUCCGGACAAUCUGUAACGGCGAAGCCAGACAUAUCCGUAGACCUUAACGGGGCAAUAGUCGAACCUGGUGACAAAGCAAGCAGCAGAAAAAAUGUUUACAUCAUCAGCACUAUACUUGGGCUACAGGUUUUGAUCCAGAGUGACAACAUAACGUUAGCCAACGAAUGGUAUGCGGAGAUAUACGACGUAAUCAAUAACCUGCCUUCUAGCAUUGAUGUACAGACAAUGUCGACCCCUCUUACUACAGAGCGAACACGGGAUACUAGAAGCAAAGUGCUUGUUUCUAUUAAUUCUCCGGAUGAUAAUCAACAUUCAUCAAAAAUUGGACGAUCAAGAUCUGUAAAACUUAAAAAGAUUGAAGGUUCAACGGAAGAUCUCAACGUUUCCUUGGUCGAACGACAAACUAAGAUAAAAGCAAAAUUAAAACGGUUCUUUCAAAGAAGACCUACCAUGGACUCUCUUGUUAAGAAUGGCAUAUACAAAGAUGAACCAGCUUUUGGUUCUUAUUUGAAAGAUGUCUGCUCACGCGAGCCUCCCAUGGUACCUCGAUUCGUGAAAGACUGCAUCAGAAUAUUGGAAAGCAAUCCGGAGAACAUGAAGGCAGAUGGCUUAUACAGAGCUAGUGGAAACCUGAGUCAGAUUCAGAAAAUUCGUUUGCAAGUUGAUCAAAAUAAUUUUAAUAUCUUGACGCAAGAAGAAGAUGUUCACGUGCUGACCGGUGCUUUGAAAUUAUUUUUUCGAGAAUUAAAGGAGCCCCUUAUCCCCUACGAAUUUUUUGAAAAAGCUUUAAAAGCAAGCAUGUCCAAAAAGAAAUUUGAAAAAGUUCAAACCUUCCGAGAAAUCGUUCGAGCAUUAUCACAGACCCAUUAUGACACCUUGCAAUUCUUGCUGCAACAUUUAUUGAGAGUAACCUUGUAUCAGGAGUAUAACAGGAUGCACAUACCAAAUCUCGCGAUUGUAUUUGGGCCAACAUUGAUGUGGCCUGCUGUUGAGAGUGCAAACAUGGCGUUGGAUCUUAUGCAGCAAAACUUGGUCAUAGAAUGUCUAUUAUCCGAAUACGAUAAAAUAUUUAAAUGAUAAAAGGCCGGAAAAAGAAUUUACGAUAUGGUGAGGGGAAGACACAUGCAGAUUUAUGUGACGAAAAAAGUAAGCUUCCUGAAGUCUACAAUAUUCUACGUGGUAUAAGAUCUUGAUUCAAAAAUUCCCAUUCAUGAGAGUUUGGAAGUUAUCCAAGCUGGACGAAAAGACAGAAUGUGAUGACUACAUUGUCCAAUGACCUACACACGCGGCAUCACAUGUUUCAAGAAGUUUCAUAAAGGAUACACAUAUAUUUUCUUAAACCUUUUUUAACGAUUGAUCAUCCUUAUUACCUCGAUUAUUUUCUUUCCUUCUGUUCAUCAGUUCCAUGACCCAAGAGUGUUUACUAUUGCUCUGCGAGCAUUCAUCAGCACUCUGAAUCAACCGCAUGGUCUUAUGAAAAUUGAUUGAUAAGAUAAGGAAUAAUUUACCAACAUCAUGUGAACAAAGUAUUGUGUUAACUGUAGAAGAGUACAUUAUCAUUUAUUGUUGCGUAUAGAUCUAAAAAUCUAUACCUAUUAUAGUAUGGUUUUUGUAAUUAUCUCAAAGUAGACAACAUUGCAAAGAGUUUGUCAACUGUAUCUAUGCAUUUGUUAAACACCACGUUAUCUCUGGGUCCACAGUCUAAUCCAGAUCUGGUAUGAAUAACAAUUUUGAGCACCAUAACCGCACAGGUAAUAUAGUAAGGUGAUAUCAGCUGUGUAAAGUGAUAUCCAAUAUAUGGAGUGAUCAACGUCUGGUCCAUGAAAUAAUGGAUAGCAGAUCUAUAAACUAGUAUUAUAUUGUUGCGUAAUAUAUUACGAUUUUCAUUCCAUAGUUUAUUGAAAGAAAUAUAUAUUUUUCAACAAUC